UCGUACGGCUUCGACAGCUACAUCAACACUCUUCGCAGAGCCAUUCGAUCCAAGAUCGGUUCCAAUGCUCCUCAGGUACUCCCUGUCCUCCUCUCCUCUCCGGCUGUCUCGUAUCCACCCCCAGAAACUAUUCCACGUCUCCCGUACCCUCCACAGGAAGCUCCGGGACGAGUACAAGCUGACCCGACCGGAAUUGCUAGACCGGAUCUUGCAACUCCUCGUCCUUCAUCGCUUCGAUGACCUCGGUGACCUGUACUUUGAGUUUUCCGAGGAACUUAUGGACUCCGUCCUUCGGAAACUUCGUUUGAACCCGAGCGCUUGUUUAGGAUUUUUCAAGUUAGCCUCCAAGAAACGAAUUGGUAGACCUAGUAUUAAAGCUUACUGCAAAAUUGUUCACAUAUUGUCGAGAGCUCGAAUGUACGACGAAACAAGGUCGUAUCUGAACGAAUUGGUCGGUCUCUCUAAAAACAAUUACUCGGCGUUUUUUGUUUGGGACGAGCUCGUUAGGGUUUACAAAGAAUUUACGUUUUCCCCCGCUGUUUUCGAUAUGAUCUUGAAAGUUUAUGCUGAAAAGGGUCUGAUAAAGAAUGCAUUGCAUGCGUUUGAUAAUAUGGGGAAGCACGGACGUAUACCAAGUUUGCGGUCCUGUAACUCUUUGUUGAGUAAUCUGGUUAGAAAGGGCGAAAGUUAUACCGCGUUGCUAGUUUAUGAUCAGAUGAUUAAGAUUGGGAUUGUGCCCGAUGUCUUUACGUGUACUAUAAUGGUCAAUGCGUAUUGUAAGGAGGGGAAAGUGGGUAGAGCACUGGAGUUUUUGAAAGAAAUGGAGAAUUCUGGUUUCAAAACGAAUGUUGUAACUUAUAAUUGCUUGAUUGAUGGGUAUGUUAGUUUGGGAGAUGUGGAAGGAGCAGAAGGGGUGUUGAGGUUGAUGUCUGAAAGGAGGAUUUCGAGGACUGCGGUGACUUACACCCUGUUAAUUAAGGGUUACUGCAAGCAAGGUAAGAUGGAGGAAGCAAAGAACAUACUUCAGAGGAUGAAGGAGGAGGAGUCGGUGGUUAUGGAUGAGCAUCCUUAUGGGGUGUUGUUAGAUGGGUACUGUCGAGUCGGAAAAAUGGAUGACGCUAUUAGGGUUCAGAAUGAGAUGCUGGAGAUGGGCUUCAAAAUGAAUAUAUUCACUUGUAACUCCUUGAUCAAUGGGUUCUGCAAGCUUGGUCAAUUACGCGAAGCAGAGGGAGUUUUUAUGCGUAUGGUGGCAUGCAACUUAAGGCCAGACUCUUAUAGCUAUGACACUCUCUUGGAUGGAUACUGUAAGCAAGGCCAUAUAAGCAAGGCCUUCGAGCUCUGUGAGAAGAUGCUUCAGAAAGGAGUUGAGCCAACUGUUGUGUCUUACAAUACUCUUCUCAAGGGUUUAUGUCACGCAGGUGCCUUGGAUGAUGCUUUGCAUCUCUGGCAUUUGAUGCUGAGUAGAGGUGUUAGUCCGGAUGAGGUUGGCUAUUGCACUGUGCUCGAUGGACUGUUCAAGAUGGGGGAAUCUGACAAGGCUAUUCUGCUUUGGAAAAAUAUUUUAGCACGAGGAUUUGCUAAGAGCAGAAUUUCUUUCAAUACGAUGAUAAAUGGAUUUUGUAAAAUGGGGAAAUUAUGUGAAGCAGAGGAGAUUCUUGACAGGAUGGAGGAGCUAGGAUGUUCACCAGAUGGAGUAACAUAUAGGACCUUAUGUGAUGGGUACUGUAAAGUUGGAAAUGUUGAAGAAGCUUUAAAAAUUAAAGAGUUGGCGGAAAGAAAAGUUAAUUUUAUUUCCAUUGAAAUGUACAAUUCUCUUAUCUGUGGAGCUUCUAAGUCUAGCAAAUUAAGUAUGGUGACGGAUCUUCUUUCGGAGAUGCAGACUAGGGGAUUAUCCCCGAAUGUUGUUACCUAUGGCACCAUUAUCUCUGGUUUGUGCAAUGAAGGGAAGCUGGAUAGAGCUUUUAUGGCAUAUUUUGAGAUGAUGGAAAAGGGGUUUUCCCCCAAUAUGAUUAUUUGCAGCAAAAUUGUGAGCAGCCUAUAUAGGCUUGGUAGAAUUGAUGAAGCAAGUAUGCUGUUGCAGAAGAUGGUUGAUUUUAGUAUUGUUUCAGAUGAUAGCUGUUUUAAUAAGUUUCUUGUGGAUGACGUUACACAUGCAGACAUUUUGAAAAUUGCUGAUUCAUUUGACAAUAGUGUUGAAAGUUUUUCUCUACCCAACAAUAUUGUCUACAAUAUAGCUAUUGUGGGACUAUGCAAGUCUGGGACGAUUGUUGAUGCAAGAAGAGUAUUAUCAGAUUUGUUGCUUAGAGGCUUUAGUCCCGAUAAUUUUACAUAUUGUAGCCUAAUUCAUGCAUGUUCCGCCACAGGCAAUAUUAAUGAAGCUUUUGAGUUACGGGAUGAGAUGCUGAAAAAGGAUAUUAUUCCAAGCAUUACUACAUAUAAUGCUCUUAUAAAUGGCCUGUGUAAGUCCGGAAAUAUGGAUCGAGCACGGAAUCUUUUCCAUAAACUUCACGUUAAGGGCUUAACCCCUAAUGGUGUUACCUAUAAUAUAUUGAUCGGUCACUACAUCCGAACUGGUAAUACUAUUGAGGCCUGCAAAUUGAAAAAGAAAAUGCUUGAAGAACAGAUUGCUCCAUCCAUUAUUACCUCUUCUGCAUUGAUCAAUGGUCUUUGCAAGCUAGGAGAGCAAGAAUCCAUGAAACUUUUGGACCAAAUGUUCAAGGCUGGCGUGGUCAUAGACCUGUCAUGUACUCUAACUUGGUUCACACUGACCUCAGUUUUGGAUACAUGUGGAAAGUCCUAAAGAUUCUUGAGGAUGCAGAUGAGGCGUCCCUCUUCUGGUAUAUUCUCAUGAAUCAAUGGUUUCAAUCAAGUGCUCAGAUAGUGAGGGGAUGCCUGGUGAAUGUUACGCUUCUGAAGCUUUGAGUUUAUGUACUCAGGCAACCAAGAGUUUGUUGGGAUUUCAUUCUAUCAGAUAGAUCAUUUUGAGUUUGCAUCGGCCUUCUGUUCUCAAAUAUGCAUCCUCAUGCAUUGAUAUUGAAACAUUGGAGUUGUGACCUCUAUACUAAGGAGAGCUAUGGUCUCUUGGAGGCCCAGAAAGUAGCUUCUAUGGGGGUGCAGUCUAAAAUUUCAUUUAUUCGGUACAAAGUUGAUUUUUGUUACUG